UUGCGCGUGCGUGGUUUUGUGUCAGCCAUUCUCAACCUUUAACUGCCACCUCUCUGCGCAUGCGUUUUGGCUUUGCCUUUUUGGGCUUGGAUGUAGGGGGCUCUUCUUGUUUCCAGAUGUUCCAGCCGUGUUCGGCGCCUGCGCAGUAGCCGCUGCAGUAAGCCCCCCGAGGCUAGGUGGGUGAGCUUGAAGUUUAUUCGCAUGGCGGCUGAGUCCGGGUCCGAGCUAGGCUGGCAAGCUUUGCCCACGGCUGUCCUGGGCGCCUUGAGCACACUGGGCAGCGAAUUCCUGCGCGAGUGGGAGGCUCAGGACAUGCGUGUGACCCUCUUCAAGCUGCUGCUCCUGUGGCUGGUGCUGAGCCUCCUGGGGAUCCAGCUGGCCUGGGGGGUGUACGGAAGCACCGUGACUGGCCUGUACCACCGGCCGUCCUCGGGUCCGGGAGGCCAGAAUGGCUCCACUCCCGAUGGCUCUUCCUUGCUUCCUCCGUGGUAA